AUGUCUCAGCAGGAGGCACAGGCGUCGCCUAAUGUGAUCAUAGGUAUAUUACCAGUUUUUGGGAUUCCUGCUAGAGUUUUAAUUGACCCUGGGGAUACGCACUCUUUUGUUGCACAUAGUUUUGCCCACAAUGCGAAUGUGAGACUAACGGCCUUGUGUGAGGAACUUGCUGUUUCUGUACCCAUGGGAGAUGUCUUUACAGUUGGCGUAGUGUAUAGGGGUAGCAUGGUUUUGGUAGGGGAUGUAAUUCUGGAGACAGAUUUAAUUCCUUUAGAUAUGGUGGAUUUGGAUGUUAUUUUGGGUAUGGAUUGGUUAGCUAAGCAUCGUGCUUCGGUCGAUUGUUUCCGGAAGGAGGUCGUAUUUCGUAGUCCCAGAUGA